AUGGGCCACUGUGAGACAGUUGAAGCAGUCACAGUGAAGAGUAACAACAGUGAAGAGAAGUUUUCAGACACUGAUAAUGACCAGCAAGAAAGAGUUGAUCCUUCAAAAUUUAAGGCCCUUGAUGAAGACCCAAAUGUUGAAGAUUUUGUCCUUAUUAAGUUUGAGGUUAAAGACAUAAUGAGAGAUGUUUAUUACAUAGUUCUCAAGUUAGUAAUAGCUAUGCCACUAACAUAUAUUGUAGUGAACUGUGGAAGCAGGUCGAAAAGGGAUAAAGUAUCUUUUUUUGCUAUUCCCAAACCACUGAAGUUUAAACAUGCUAUCCACUUGAAAGAAUUAACUGUUAAACGCAGAAAAAAAUGGAUAAGGGCCAUACGAAGAGCAGACCUGACAGAAUCAAAAUUAAAAUAUCAAAAAGUGUGUUCCAAACAUUUUAUUCAAGGACAACCUGCAAAACUUGAAGAUGUAAAUGAUCCUGAUUGGAUACCAACCCAAAAUAUGGGUUACUCUAGGGGACCUGUAAAACGAAAGCAGGACCUUGAAAGACUGGAAAGAGUAAAGAAAAGAUCUUCCACAAAGGUUUCACAAGAGGACAAUGAUACAUUUAUUGAGAAUGAAAACAAUACAGUAAGUGAACCGUUCCAGUACUGGAACCGAAACUCAAACUGA